AUGAUCGCGCUCGGGGAGUGGCUAGCCAUCACCUCUUUAGUGAUGCAAGUUGUUGCAGCCGUCCAUGGAGUCAUCAAAAUCUUUGAAAAGGCCCAAAAUGCCCCGAAAGAGCUAGAGGAACUGCGCCGCUCUCUGCUUCGCCUAUCCGACAACUGUGACCAGAUUCGCGCCCAGGGAGAGACUACUGAGUCUUUUCCACUCCAGCAGUACGAUAUCGACGAGAUUCGGAACACUCUCGAGCAGUGCAAGAAACUUUUGGAAGACUAUAGGGAUGCACAAUCUGAAAACGGUGUUUUACGCGCGGUUUGGGGAACCCAGAACCAUGAUGAGGUUGUCAGGUAUCAGACCUUGAUCGACAGGCACUUUGUUCAGAUAUUGCUCCCAUUCUGGAUGAAGACUCUCUGCAGAACACCUUGGGGUUCCAGCGAGGAAGACCGUGCUGUUGUUCCCUCAGUUGGUAACUUGCCCGUUCGGAAAAAGUCUUGCGUCCCCCGGGAGCAAGUUGAUAAGCUAGCAGAGGGGCUCGAGCAGCUCAACAAUGAUGAAAGCCCCAGUGAGAGUAAAAAGACUCUCCAGAAGCUCGACAAGGUUCUGCAGCAAUGCUGGCAAUCGCUCGGACUACCAGUCGAUAACGCAAACACGAUUCCUCUACUUGCAGGUUUGUCCCUUCUUGCCUCUGCUGAAAAGACUGGCAUGGUAACCUUUGAUAGUCAUUCCUCCGUCCGACUUAUCCUUCACCAUCGCCCCAACUAUACUACUGAGAGCUACGGCGCUAGGACACUCGAAAAUGCACCCAAGAAACAUAAGCAUAUUCGCCUUAACAAAGUCCAUAUCAUGGCAAGGGAUAACAAGUGUCGUAUCCUACUCUACCAGAACAAGGAUGCCUCAGUCCGGGUCACUCAAAUCAUUCCCUUCGGGUGCAUUCCAUGGACGCCCAAGAAGGAAAAUACCCGCGUGUCCUUCCUCAAGCCCUGCGUGGUGACCAUCAUUGACGAAGAUGGGCAUCAUAUUUACCACAUCGACCCCAAGUACCGAUUUGCGAGCCUGGGUCCCUGUCAGCGAUUUCAAGAGACUCUCCGAGAACGUGAGCACCUCGGCGCUUUCGACUUUGUUAAACUCUCAGACAAUGAAGACCUCCUCUCUCGCCGCCAGUCAUCCAUCGGCGACGGUUGUAGGCACAAAGAAUAUGAUCUAGCCAUCUUCAAUUGCACAGCGGUUCUCACAUCAUCAUCCCGAAAUCCACUCAAGAGACGGCAUCACACAGAUAUCGUCCAACUACUCUCAACCAAGAUCCAUCCAGCUACAAGCGUCCAUAUCCAAUUCGAAACCGUACCAGAUUUCAAGCGGUUUUUCGAGUCCUCACACAGUCCACCACCUGAGCUCAACUUUGUUCUCCCCUCUCCCACAGUCGACUGGUUAAGCUCUGAACCUACCCCCUCGGAUUCCACCUGGCAGGAGAACAUGCCACCAAAGCUAGAAGACCUCGACAUUGGUCAAGGAUGGGACUUGCCGUGGGGUCCUGAAUCCUCCGAGUCUCGAGCCUCUACCGCGGUAGACUACUGA